AUGGAUUAUGACCACGAGCUGGAUCCUUUCUCCAGUGAAAGCCUCUGGAGACUCUCCAAAUUCAGCAUAGAAGCUCUACAGCCAUUGGAAUCGCUACCAUGGAACACUACUCUAAGUGACGAUGCUACGUCUUGCUUCGAGUUAUUCCCACAGCCCUCGGAUAAGAUUGACCCUGUAUGGAAGCUGGAUCUUUUCCCAACCGGCUUGGAAAAGCCCGAAUCAUUUACCGACUCGAUCAUCAAUCCCUCAAUAGACGGCGAGUCUGAUGCCACGGGUGACUCUUUGAAAGACAUCUCAGGCGAUGAUAACGACAUAUGGAGCUUGGAUUUACUUCAGGAAGACCCUGGUCAACUACCUCCGCCGAAAUCAUGGGAAAGGUAUCAGCACAGGUCUUUCCGAGAGCCCGUGUCUGUCUACUUUAGUGAAUCUGGGGCAAAGGGUUUCGAUGCAGCUUUGGAACAGCAAAAGGCUGCAAAAACAAAUGGUGUACCAAAUCGAAUGGUUCGAACAGAUGUGUUCAUUCGAUCACUGCUUCGUCUCGGGCUUGGCUGGAGUUCUGCGUUCUUUAGCUACGAUCAACGCACCAACCAAUUUGAAAGAUACUUGAAGGAUAUCUCUGUCUCUGGUAUUAGCCCAUUGGCAUUGGAAAAUGCGAUCGAAUAUGUGGUACAAUGUGGUACCAACAUGCAGCGCAUGCGGUUGUUUGCGCAAGACCCGCCAGCCAAAUGCAGAGAACUUCCUGCUUUGGUCACGUUAAGCAGCACAGUUGUGAUAAUAAUCUUCAACCUUGAACAACAGAUUUCAGAUCAUUCGAAAAAAAUUGGCUCGCUCUUACAAGUAAAGGCACUCUUCCAUCGAUGCGGGGAUUUGGUAGGUGUCCUGGCAGAUAUUGUUGAUGCUGCGCAAAGGGCUGUCUCGGACGCACAAGUCAUGUCGAUUGUGACGGAGCGUGCAGCCAUUUUUGCCCAGAAUUUUGGCUGGAUGGAGAACCUUUUGCAUGAGAUUGUGAUUCGAGUGACUCGGCCAUGGUUCAAAUUCAUCGAGACUUGGAUUGGGCUUAGACCCGAAGACACAGAUCUCAAAGAAUCCAUGACAAGCGGCAAAACCUUCGUCCGACUGGAAACUCAGGAUCCUGGCAAGUUCAAGACUGGGCAAGCACGAAUCGACCACAUAUAUCUAGCGGAUCAUAUGCCGUCAUUCAUCCCGGCCGAUCAAGCACGUUCCAUCUUUGAAAGUGGAAGAAGCCUCCAACUCUUGAAACGAUCCCAUCCUCGUCAUCCCAUCGCGCAGCGUGAUGUUCUCUUGCGAACCGGUGGUCUUCAUCUGCAUUGUGCGACUACCUGGGCUGGUAUUGAGCAGAUUCAAACCAAAGCUCAAGAGUACGAGUCAAGGCUCCGCGCUGAAAUCAAGAAAUAUCAUAAAGGUGAUACGGGUUUGCACGAUUCACCAUCAAACGUGGCCACGCAGUAUGUCGAUCAGACGACCAGCACAGAAGUUACAACGGCAGCCUUUGAACUCUUCGAUAUAGAUGAUGAAAAAAGCACUUCAGGCCCGGUCACAGAUCACAAGGCUCUUUCAAAAGACCAUCUGAAGCAACUACUCGAUAAAGCCCGAGGAUUUGAAACUGAAAACAACACCAAUGAAGGAAGCUACCUUGGUCCUGAAUUGGCAUCCGGCCUCCAUCUAUCUCUUGCACCCAUUCUUUCGUCACAGGCCCUUCUCAUCGACUACUCUUGCCUGCACCUUCUCUUCAAAGAGAAUCGAAUUCGCCAUCAUCUGAACAUGCAAUGGCGUUUCCAGUUGCUAGGAGAGGGAUCGUUUGUCGCCCGCCUUUCUAAUUCCCUAUUCGACCCGGAAAUGGAAAGUGGCGAGCGGAAGGCUGGCAAAAUUCGCAGUGGUGUUGACACUGGUCUACGCCUUGGCAGCCGUGACACAUGGCCACCAGCUAGUUCAGAGUUGCGACUCGUGCUGAUUGGCUUGCUGGGAGAUUGUUACUUUGGCAGCGCAAAUACAGAGGAUGAUGAGAAGACCCACGUUCAACAGGAUAACGAGUUGCCGGGUGGCCUGAGCUUCGGCAUUCGAGAAUUGACCGACAAAGAAAUCGAACGAUGUAAAAAUCCGAAUGCAAUAGAGGCUUUGGACUUCCUUCGUCUGCAGUACACGCCACCAGAAGUCCUUGGAUCCCUCAUUACUGCGCGCUCUUUGGAUAAGUAUGAUCGUCUCUUCAAGCAUUUGCUUUGGUUACUCCGCAUGGUUUCUGUCGUCAAAGGACUUAUUCGUGAUUCUACUUCUCGAGUGUCUCUAUCAGGAGACACACACAAUGUAUACCAGAAGUUUAGAGUGGAUGCCCAGCACUUUGUGCUAGCGGUCAGUGAUUACUGCUUCCACGUCGGCAUUGGGUCCAUCUGGCAGCGCUUCCAAGACACACUUACCAAAAUCGAGAACUGCCUUAACCGCGGCGACAUCGACGGUACGAUUGAAGCGGCGCACUCGGUACCACGGCUUCGAGACUACCACGAAGACAUCCUUGACCAGAUGCUGUUCGCGUUAUUCCUCAGCAAGCGCCAUGCGCAGGCGGCCAAACUACUUGAAUCCAUUUUCGGCACUAUUCUCGGCUUCAGCCAUCUUUCUAGAGCAGAUGGAAUCGGGAUGCGCAACGAAAGUGAAGGAGCUGUUCUUCAUCUGUAUCAGUCCUUUAGAAAACAGACCUCUGCCUUUGUCAACUACCUUCGCAGCCUGGAGUCCGGAAAGGCCACUUCGAAAUCUAUGGCAAAGUCAGGGGAAUUCUUCUCUUCGCGGACCGACCCGAUCAGUGUCUUUGAGCAUCUACGGGUGCGACUAGACAUCAAGAACUACUAUUGA